AUGAGUCAGCCCUUUCCGGGACAUAUCACUAUCUAUCUAUCUAUCUAUCUAUCUAUCUAUCUAUCUAUCUUAGGGUUUUCUCUAUCUAUUUUAGUUCUUUUUUUCUUUAUUUAUCUCUCUUUCUAUCUAUCUAUUUUAGGGUUUUAUCUAUCUAUCGGAUAUAAUGGAAUAUGCGUACACCUGUGUUUUCUUUUUUUCUUUCUUUCUUUCUUUCUUUCUUUCUUUCUUUCUAUCUAUCUAUCCUUAUCUUUUCAUAUCUAUCUAUCUAUCUAUCUAUUCUCAUCUUUUCAUAUCUAUCUAUCUAUCUAUCUAUUUUCAUUAUCUAUCUAUCUAUCUAUCUAUCUAUCUAUCUAUCUAUCUAUCUAUCUAUUCUCAUCUUUUCAUAUCUAUCUAUCUAUCUAUUUUCAUUAUUGCAUUAUCUAUCUAUCUAUCUAUCUAUCUAUCUAUCUAUCUAUUCUCAUCUUUUCAUAUCUAUCUAUCUAUCUAUUUUCAUUAUUGCAUUAUCUAUCUAUCUAUCUAUCUAUCUAUCUAUUCUCAUCUUUUCAUAUCUAUCUAUCUAUCUAUCUAUUUUCAUUAUUGCAUUAUCUAUCUAUCUAUCUAUCUAUCUAUCUAUUCUCAUCUUUUUAUAUUUAUCUAUCUAUCUAUCUAUCUAUCUAUUUUCAUUAUUGCAUUAUCUAUCUAUCUAUCUAUCUAUCUAUCCUCAUCUUUUCAUAUCUAUCUAUCUAUCUAUCUAUUUUCAUUAUUGCAUUAUCUAUCUAUCUAUCUAUCUAUCUAUCUAUCUAUCUAUCUAUCUAUUCUCAUCUUUUCAUAUCUAUCUAUCUAUCUAUCUAUCUAUCUAUCUAUCUAUUUUCAUUAUUGCAUUAUCUAUCUAUCUAUCUAUCUAUCUAUCUAUCUAUCUAUCUAUCCUCAUCUUUUCAUAUCUAUCUAUCUAUCUAUCUAUCUAUCCAUUUUCAUUAUUGCAUUAUCUAUCUAUCUAUCUAUCUAUCUAUCUAUUUUCAUUAUUGCAUUAUCUAUCUAUCUAUCUAUCUAUCUAUCUAUCUAUCUAUCUAUCUAUUUUCAUUAUUGCAUUAUCUAUCUAUCUAUCUAUCUAUCUAUCUAUCUAUCUAUCUGGAAAACCCACGCCGAAUCAAUCACAAAAAUUUUCUUUCUUUCUGCCUUUCUAUUUUUUUACCUAUUUUCCUCCUUUUUUUCUCUGUUUUUCAUUUUUUUUCUCUUCCUUCCUUCCUUCUUUCCUUCCUUCCUCACCAAUUUUCCUCCAUUUUCUUUCUGUUUUUCAUUUUUUCUUCUUUCUUUCUUUCUUUCUUAUUCCGUUUUAUCUCUUUCUUUCUUUCUUUCUUUCUUUCUUUCUUUCUUUCUUUCUUAUUCCAUGCACUCUUUUGCUCAUAUUUCAUAUUUUCUUUCUUUUCUUUCUUUCUUUCUUUCUUUCUUUCUUUCUUAACAAUUGUCUUCCCCUUUCUUUCUCUGUUUUUCAUUUUUUUUCUCUUCCUUCCUUCCUUCCUUCCUUCUUUCCUUCCUUCCUCACCAAUUUUCCUCCAUUUUCUUACUGUUUUUCAUUUUUUCUUCUUUCUUUCUUUCUUUCUUUUCUUUUUUUCUUUCUUUCUUUCUUUCUUUCUUUCUUUCUUUCUUUCUUUCUUAUUCCGUUUUAUCUCUUUCUUUCUUUCUUUCUUUCUUUCUUUCUUUUUUCUUUUCUUAUUCCAUGCACUCUUUUGCUCAUAUUUCAUAUUUUCUUUCUUUCUUUCUUUCUUUCUUUCUUUCUUUCUUUCUUUCUUUCUUUCUUUCUUUCUUAACAAUUGUCUUCCCUUUCUUUCUCUGUUUUUCAUUUUUUCAAUGCUCUCUUUCGUUCUUAUUUCAUAUUUUCUCUUUCUUUCUUUCUUUCUUUCUUUCUUUCUUUCUUUCUUUCUUUCUUUCUUUCUCAACAAUUUUUUCUUUCUUUCUUUCUUUUUUCUUUCUUUCUUUCUUUCUUUCUUUCUUAUUUCAUAUUUUUUCUUUCUUUCUUUCUUUCUUUCUUUCUUUUUCUUUCUUUCUUUCUUAACCAUUCUUGCUCGUAAACAGAAGGAUUAA